AUGAACGCUCGGCGGGAGGUGAUGAAGGUGGUCAUGUGACGCGGCUCUCGUGAAGGUGCGGGGUAAAGGUGGCACUCAGACAGAAGAGCGCAGGGCUUCAUACACCUCUCUCCUACCGAGUUCAAUAAAAGAAACAAAAAUAAUGUCUAUUAGCCGGAAAAACUGGUCUGCUUUGUCAACGCUGGCUCGACAGUGGACGAUGGAGGAUGAGGAAGAGGUGGAGAGAGAGAAGAGGAGGAAGACCAGGGAGUCUACAGAAGACACGGAUGAAAGUCCCACUGAAGAGACCAAACCACAAACCAGUAGUGUCAGCGAGCCUGCUGAUGAUGGCGACAGUGGCGACUCCGGUGGCGGUCUGGCCCAGCUGCAGAUGGACUUUGUGGAGAUGUUGCGAGUCCGUGAUGAACGCCGGAGGAUGAGGCAUGUUGAAACGCUGAGGAAGGUUAAAAAUGAAGAGGAGGGGGGCAGCCUGGAUGCCGAGCCCCAUGUGGAGCUGCUGGGGGAAGAGCAGGAUGAGGAACUCCACAAGAACAUUCAGCACUUUGUGGAGACCCUCAUGUCACCAGAAUCUCCCACCAACUCCAGAGACACAGAGACACAAGAAAAGCGAGAAAAUGGAGACACAAACCAAGAUUCAACAUCAGCAAACUCAAAAGCAUCCCGGAAGUUUGUGAGCUCUCUCUCCAUCUCCUUUGAUAAGAGUCCCUCUUCACCCCCAGCAACCAGCAGACUGGUUUCUCCUCUGAGCCCCAGGUCUCCGCCCCCUCAGUCUCCAGGGGCGGAGCCUCAGCACAGCCCCGCCCACUCCGGCUCUAUGAGCCCCACAUCGAAUGGAGACACAGCGAGACACGAAAAUGGGUCACCGAGCAAUUUCGAACCAGCUGCGAAACCUGCAUUCACACGGCAGAGCUCCAGAACGGUGUCCUUCAGGAUGAUGAAGAAGAAGGAGGAAGAAAACAUGCCGUUACAGAGAAGUGCCAGUGUGCGGAUAUCAGCGAAGACCUUUGAAUCCAAUAAGAACUCUAACCAGGAGGAGGAACAGCAGACCCCGUUUCAGAGAAACUCCCGACAAAGAUUAUCAUCUCGCUCCAUUCAGGAGAAGAUGGAACGACUGGCUCAAGCCUCACAGAAAUGGGAAGUAUCCAAAUCUCCAGCAGUUCUUAAGACUGUGUUUUUAGCGGAUGAGGUGUCAAGGAAGAGGGAGCUGUUUGAGAAAGAACAGGAGGGAUCAGAGAAAGGCCAUGUGUUCUCCAAACAGGAAUUUCGCACUUUUUCUUCAGGAAUCUCUGAUCGAAUUAAUCGCUGGGUUCAGAAGAAAACAUUUACCGUGUCAUCAUCUCAUAGUCCUUCGGAUCUGAGACAUGUGAACAUCUCCAUUAAGAAAAGUUUGUUUGAAAGAGGAGAAGAUCAAGACCACAAGUGAUAUUCUCAUGGAUAAAGGCAAAGUCAGAUUCUGAAGAUUUUGAAGGAAGCAUGAUCGAAUCUUUCAGACAGUCAGUACCAAGGAUUGUCCCUAAACUCCUUUUCCUUCUGCUUCUUUACGUUGGUUAAUUCCUCAGCAAUUUUAAGGCAUAGUACAUUAUUUGGGUAAAUUCAAGGCUUACAUAAUCGGUUUUAUUGUUGAUAAUGUGUGUACUGAUGGAUUGUAGAAUGCAACUAAGACUGUAUUACAGUGUCUUUAUAGGUAAAACACAGCAAUUGAACAUCACAAGCUCUAUUUCUCAGCAGGAAUAUGACCAUACUGUCUCUUUGCGUUGAUGCCAGACAUGCCUCUCCUUUUUUUACUUGAUUUAUGUGCUGUCGAUAAAGUUAUUAGGAAAAAGAGUUAUAAUCUCUGACCCCUGACCUCAGCCAUAACACAUAACAGUCCAAGGUACAACUGUAAUAUCAUGAAUGUCUGUUUCAAUGAACUUCCAUGAAAUGAGCUUAAUGAUUCGUGUUUAAUGAAGCUUGAAAAUCACACGCUGAAGCUGAUCUAUGCUCUGGCUGCUGUUGUUUCAACUUGCCAGACAAUUAAGUCACAAUAAGGAAAUGUAAUUUAAUGACUGAACGGCAAAAUGUGUUCUAUCAAGCCCUUUGCUAACUGACUUCAAUUCAUUCCAGCUCAUCCAAAGCCUGCGUUUCCUUUUCUUUUUUCUUUGGGAAAAACUGAAAGACCUGUCAUGUAAUUAUCUUUUCUGCCCCGAAGGGUUAUCUUGUAGAUGAAUAAAACAUUUUUUUACCAGUG